UUGCAAAUGUUUGUCCAAAUAUUGGUAUUGUUUAUUCUGGAAUGGGACCAGACUUUAGAGUGUUAUUGUCAAAGGCAAGAAAGGCAGCUCAAAAAUAUAAAAGAAUAUAUAACAAGUAUCCACCAACAGGAAUUUUAGUUAAAGAAGUUGCUAGUGGUCAUACUGGGCAUGGAAAGUAUCUGCUAUUGGGAAAAAUAUGGUUAAUGCAAAAACUUUCUUGGAAAAAUGAUGCAGUUCAUACUUCAAUUUUAACAUUAAAAGAAGGAUUUGAAGGGCAAAUGACUGAAAAUUCAAUUGAAAUUGGAAUUAUUGGUGGUGAUGCAACAGGAUUUAUGGAAGACAAAGAACAACCAUUAUUUAGAAAAUUGUCUCCUUCAGAAGUUAAAGAUUAUUUGGCUAAUAUAGCUUAA